AAUUCUUUGCUUGAUAAAGAGUCUCAGAACAUGAUGGAAUCACAAAGCAAUCAAGUUUUCAUCUUCCAAAUGUUGGCCACCUUCUACAUAAAAUACGUGCAGAUCUUCAGAAACCUGGAGGAUGUCUAUGACCAGAUCAUCCACCCGCAGAAGCGAAUAUUGAUCCGAAAAAUACUGGAUGGAGUGAUGGGUCGCGUCCUGGAACUGAAGAAUGAAAUGGUGGAAUUGGAAUUAACGGAGUUUCAUUAUUUUGAUGACAUCCUACAGGAUCUAAAGUUGGUUCCUCAACAAUUAGAUAUUCCCAUUCCCAAGUAUUUUUUGAAGGAGAAGCUGGAAGUCAUCAAAGGAAGAGAGAAAAUCCUUGCUCAGAUAUUGGCCGACACUGGACUAGAUAUACCUGAAAAGUUUUCACAGAAAUACACCGUAAAGGGUAUCCCCCUAGAAGAGGCUGUUAAACUAAUCCAGAUCGCUGAGAGAGCACGGCAAGGUCGCCUAAGAGCGAUGUUCAUGAAGCAAAUCUUCCUCCAAGAAUACAGAGCAAAGCAAGCCAAGACACUUGGCGAGAAAGUUGCUGACGUGGGAGCCGCUGUGCUGCAGAUUCAGAAGGUGCGCGUGUGGUGCUCGUGUUGCUGGGGACAGGUGUCUUGA